AUGGAGGGCUUCUUGCACCAUAUGGCACCGCAGUUCCUGCAUCCUGCGCUGCAGAGCUUCGGCUGCGGCGCAUUCAGGCCAAUUGGCGGCGCUUUUCAUCCUUUAUAUCCAGGAAAAGCCUUUGCCAGGCACCUCGGCGAGCAAUACGCACUUGGACAAACUGUCGGACAAGCGCUUAGAAGUGUACGAGAUGACACCGCUACUCCUCCAUUGUAUCGCCACGGGUACAUCGCGCGUGAUGACACCAGCUCCCCCGGGUCUGCUGCCUCCGCCUCGCCGCGUCCUUGCAAAGAUGAUGAGCCGCCCACCACUACACCCUGUUCCGAUUCCCAUGACUUCUUCUCCCCUGACGGAGAACGUAAGACGUCAUGUGGUGUAUGCGGUGCGCGACUUGGUCCAGGCGUAGCGCAGGCCCAUUUCCUUCAAGAAUUACAGCACCUAUACAGUCUUAGCGCACUGCCCCGGGAUACAGGUGCGCCAUCAACCCAUUCACUUCAUCAUCAAGAUGAGGAUGCACGGUGGGAAACAUAUCAACGCAUCCGCGCAAAUCGGCAACGGCGUCUGAAGCUGCGCACUCGCAAGCGGCACCACACAGUGGAGAGCAUGCUCGGUUACGAGCUGGAUGAUGACCGACGAGAUGAGAGACAACGCGAGCCACGUUAUGACGCCGAAGAUGAACCGGUGGAUGUAGAAGGCGACUCGCUCGGCUGGCCUGAGGCAGCCAUCAGCAUCGAUGAUAAAGAUCAGAGGGGCGAUGGAGAUAAACUACAGCUAAGCUAUGCCGAAGAUUUGGAGAUAUCGAGCACGAACGACACCAUGCAGUCACCUGAACGCGUGAGGAUUGAAACACCAAAGCCGCUGCCUCUGGAGUGCAACAAGACAGAGACAGCGGAGCGUCCAGCCGAAGUUUCUACAUCGGAGUGGACGCCGGCCGACUGGUCUGCUUUGCCCGACGCUUAUCUUCACGCUCGACACAAGCCUGAAGGCGAAAACCUGCCAUCCUCCACCGACACGCGCAAUUAA